CCCGGCGGUCCUCGCCCGCUCGCUGCUAUUACAAUACCCCCCCUACAACCCAUCUCUUGCUCUCUCUCUUCUACCCAUCUCUUCACACCUCUCUCUUCUACUCUUCUCUUCAUACCUCUCUCUUCUAGCCAUCGCCUCCUAUCUUCAUCAAUCGACACCCGCAUAGCUCGACACAAUGGCCAACACCCGUCAGACCUUCGAGGCCGUCUUCAGGGAUGUUAUUGUCCCCAAGAUCAUGGAGGAAGUGCAAAAGACUGGCAUUGCCCCGAAUGCCUGUGACUGGGCGCAGAACAGCAUCCUCCACAACACCAUCGGAGGAAAGUACAACCGCGGAAUGACCGUCCCCGACACCUACCGCAUCCUUAAGGGUGUGGACGAGCUCACUCAGGAUGAGUAUAAUAUGUCCUCCAUCUUGGGAUGGUGCACCGAGCUUUUGCAAGCAAUGUUCUUGGUGGCCGAUGACAUUAUGGACUCGUCCAUCACUCGCCGUGGCUCCCCCUGCUGGUAUCGAAUGGACGGUGUUGGCAUGAUCGCCAUCAACGACUCGUUCAUCCUCGAAUCGGCGAUUUACCUUCUCCUUAAAAAGUUCUUCCGUCAGGAGUCCUACUACAUUGACGUCGUUGAGCUUUUCCAUGACAUCACGUUCAAGACCGAGCUCGGACAGCUUCUCGAUCUGAUCACGGCCCCCGAGGACAAGGUCAACCUCGACAACUUUGGUUUCUCAAAGUACUACUUCAUCGUCCGCUACAAGACCGCGUUCUACUCCUUCUACCUGCCAGUUGCCCUCGCAAUGUACCAGGCUGGCGUGGCCACCGAGAAGAACCUCCAGCAGGCCAAGGACGUCCUGAUCCCGCUCGGCGAGUACUUCCAAGUCCAAGACGAUUACCUCGACUGCUACGGCGACCCAGAGCACAUCGGCAAGAUCGGCACCGACAUCCAGGACAACAAGUGUGGAUGGCUGGUCAACAAGGCUCUCGAAAUCGUCACGCCCGAGCAGCGCGCUCUCCUCGACGAGCACUACGGCCGCAAGAACGCCGAUUCGGAGGCGAAGAUCAAGAAGCUCUACCUCGACCUCAACAUCGAGACCCACUACAAGGAGUACGAGGCCCAGUCCGUCAAGGAGAUCGCCGCUCUCGUCGAGAAGGUCGACGAGUCCGAGGGGCUCAAGCGUGCUGUCCUUACCGGCUUCUUGAACAAGAUCGCUGGCCGCUCGCGCUAGAUCGCUUGGGGGGAUUGAUCAGGGGAUGAUGUGGCGUGUGGUUGUAAUGUCCUGUGUGGGUGACCGCAUCACCCGGACAAUGGAAGCGGGCUGCGUAAACUAUACCAUUAAUGAUUUGACUAUUGCGGCUUGAUUUAUUUGCUGUCGUUUCGUUCGUUCGGAGCGGAGAGCUUGGUAUUAUCAUUUCCCGGCAGUUCUAUGGGAGCACGAUUGCAUGUAACAGAGCGUUGAUUGAUGAGCGGUAACUAGAGAGGAAAUGAUACCAUACACGGC